CUAUGAUCCCCGUACGCAAUUCUCAACUUCUCCAUCCUUUUCCAAAAGUAAACAAAUUAAAUAAAUAAAUAAACUGUGUCCAUUUUCUCACCGCUAAAAAUCAUUAAAUCAUCCCCAAAGUUCGAGCACAAACCCGCUUGACUUGAAAGAUACAGUUGCUAACUUCUUUGGCAAAAACCAAACUUCAAAGUUUCAAAAGUAGACCAAAGCAUCUAAGCAAAGCAAAAGCCCCCAAAAUUUCCACCCCAGAUUCUUUCUUUUCUCUACUUCUUACCUAAUUGAUUGACAAAUUGUAUAUAUUUUGACGUUAUAUUUUUUAUAGCCUCCCAAAGGAUUGGAGCCUAGUUUGAAGAAGAAGUGGAGUUACAACUUACAAUUGAAUUCUUCUUCCUCUUCAGAAUCAGCAGAGAAUGGGCACUUUGAGUGCUAAUCUUUUGCUGCCUUCCAAGCUGAAUCCUUCCCCACUGUUAAAGGAUCGGCAAAGCUCUGUUUUUGUCUACAGAACAAGAAGGAAAUCCAAGAAAAACCAGUCCCCUAAUCCUGUUGCCAGAUUAUUUGGACCUGCUAUAUUUGAAGCUUCAAAGUUGCAAGUUCUGUUCCUGGGAGUUGAUGAGGAAAAGCAUCCUGGAAAACUGCCCAGAACAUACACACUUACACACAGUGAUGUCACCUCAAAACUCACUUUGGCAAUCUCACAAACCAUCAAUAAUUCCCAGUUACAAGGAUGGUACAACAGAUUACAGAGGGAUGAAGUGGUGGCUGAAUGGAAGAAGGUGAAAGGAAAGAUGUCUCUUCAUGUUCAUUGUCACAUAAGUGGAGGCCAUUUUUUACUAAACUUGUGUGCUAGGCUCAGAUACUACAUCUUCUGCAAAGAACUCCCAGUGGUCCUGAAGGCCUUUGCUUAUGCCGAUGGGAACUUGCUAAAGAGUUACCCUGAACUUCAAGAAGCUUUGGUUUGGGUGUAUUUUCACUCCAACAUUCCAGAAUUCAACAAGGUGGAGUGCUGGGGUCCAUUGAUGGAUGCUUCUUCACCUUCCUCAAGGAGAGCCCACCACCAGGGAAAUCAGGAAAGUUUCACAAGCAAUCUGUUGGAAGAAAUGCCGAAACCGUGCCAAGAAGAUUGCUCCUGUUGCUUCCCACCCAUGAGUUUGAUCCCUUGGUCAAAUGCUUUCAACGUUGAUGACUCUCAGGCCAAUCUAAACAGUUCUGAAUCCCAGGGACUACAACAACAGCGAAGCUAGUUGAAGUAAUAUUCUUUGAAUUUGGUUGAAAACCAGAAUAUUUACCAUACAUAAUUGGGUGCAUAAAUUUCUAAAAAUGUUCUUGUUAGAAAUGUAAAUGUUGUUAGAAUCAAACAGUACAUAGAUAGAAUUCUUUUGUAAUUUAAUUUUUACUUUUUGAAGCCAACUAUUAUUGAUGCUGUUAUUAGUCAUUACUAGUUGUAAUCUGUAGCUGACAAACCUCAGCAGUUCGUUACUCUUAUCUAUGGCUGUUUUAAGGAUUUGGAUUUCCUGAGAACUUGGAUUAGUUCGUUGUGCUUGUGCCUAAAUGUUUUCACCAUGUCAACUGUCUGAAAAUAUACGGAUGCGAUAUGUAAAGAUUAUGAGAGAUCCUUUUAGAAUAGUGAUAGACCAAAAACUUGAUUGCCCACAUUAACUAAAAAAUUUCAUUUCGUUCAGGAAUUCUUUUUGUUCUAUCAAAACAGAUACUCCCUCCGUC